AUGGGGCUGAACGGUGGUGGGUGGCUUGGGGCGACGGUGGCUGGAGCUUGGGCACCGGUGGUGUCGUGGGGAAGGUGGGCUGGAGCUUCCAAACUUUGUGCAAAAAAAAGUAGAAAGAGGAUUGAAAUUAGGGCUAAGGAAAAAAUUUGUGAAGAUGCCGGUCAUUGGUGGAGGUCAUAUAAGAAUGGAAUGACUGAGGCUCAACGUCAAGGACUUACUUGGAAUAGGUUCAAGGAGGUUGUAAUGGACAAGUAUUUUCCACGUUCAUACCGAAAUCAAAAGCAAGCAGAAUUCCUGGACCUCAAACAAGGAACCAUGUCAGUCACAGAAUACGAGAGAAAGUUCAAUCUUUUGGCUCGUUAUGCUACUCGUAUGGUGAAUACUGAGGAUCUUAAGGCUGAUCGGUUCUUAAGAGGGCUUCGACCUGAAAUUCGGGGUAUCUUGGCAGGACAGAAGAUUGUGGAUUAUGGAUUGGCGGUAAGACGAGCUCAUGAGGUAGCAACUGGUUUGGAGGCUGAUGUUGUGCCAUUCAAAGUUGGAGACAACUGUGGGAAGAGAAAGUUUGACAUCAGUAACAAAGGGAAAGGAAAACUUUCCAAAUAA